AUGACCACAUCGAAAGAAUGGCAGAAAAUGCUCAACGGAGAGCUCUACUGGGCAUGGGAUGCCGAUCUACAGGCAAAUCGUCAACGUUGCAAGCAGGCCUGCGAGAGUUUCAAUCAAGCCGGCAAUGUUUCCCGGCGACGCAGAGUAGAGCUGUGGAGAGACAUUACUGGGGACACCCGUGCCCUUCCGCCUGUCCAUCCAGAUCCUGAACAAGAUGAAAAGCAGUUUCAGGAUACGGAUCCGGUGGUCGAUCCUCCAAUCUCUGUGGAUCACGGGCUCAACUUCAAGGUUGGAAAAGGAUCAUUUCUAAAUUCUAACCUCCUUGUUCUCGAUACAUGUCUUGUCACGAUUGGGGAGCGGGUAUUGAUUGGUCCCAAUGUUUGCAUCUACGGGGCAACCCAUCCCUUAGAUCCUGCAGUACGAAACGGGCUUGAGGGUCCAGAAGCCGGAAAGGAGGUACAUAUUGGAGACGAUGUCUGGAUAGGGGGAAGUGCCAUCAUUUUAGCAGGUGUUAGAGUUGGGAGAGGAAGCACCGUGGGUGCUGGCUCGGUUGUGACCAAGGAUGUCCCGCCGUUCCAUUUCGUUGCUGGGAACCCCGCCAAAGUUAUUCGCCGAAUCGAGACGAGAAUGGAUCCAGAUUACAAGCACGCUAGUCAAUUCACAGAAAAAGAAUGA